AUACCGUCAAUUUUUUCUUUACAAAUUUAACAUUUAACAUGAUUUUAAUUAUCGUUGCUCACAGAUUAUAAUUUCCACUUCUUCUCAACAUCACUCUUGCUCUGCUUUCUUUGAUUAAAAAAUAAUGGUUUUAAUGAAAUUGGACCUUUUUAAUUUGCAGGUUGACAUUCCUCUCUUGGAUGACUUGUAUCUGGACUCCAUUUGUGUACAGCAAAUAUGGCACAGCCAAAUUACAUCAAUGUCCUCAUUUGUUCAAAACUUUACGAAAUUGACUCUCCGAGACUGUCAUAAGUUGAAAUAUCUCUUCACGUCAUCGAUGGUUAAAAGUCUUGGGCAGCUUGAAGUACUCAAGAUUUGGGGAGGUAAGGAUAUGCAAGUGGUAAUGCUGAUAGAAGAAUUGGUAGAAAAAGAAAAGACAAGCCACACAAUGUUUCCCAAAUUAGACUGCUUAGACCUCUAUGACCUUCCGCAACUCGUAAGAUUUUGCUCCAAUUGCAAUUCUCUUGGAGAAGUAUAUGAAGCUCAAGGACUCAAUGGUAGUGGAUCACAAGUAGUUGCAGCCACACAAUCAAACUUGAUGGAAACAGAAGUUACUCAGCUUGUAUUUCCUCAAGUAACACACCUGGAACUUGAUCAUCUACCCAAUUUCAAGGGUUUCUUCCCUCAAAUCCACAUCACAAAAUGGCCAUUGUUGAAAAGAAUGCUUGUGGAACAAUGUGACAAGGUGAAGACAUUUGCUUCAGAAUUUCCAAGCAUUGAAAUAACAUAUGGAGACAACCAACUUGAAAGGCAAACUCAAGAUCCUAUGCUUUGGAUUGGCAAGGAUUCAUUCCCCUGUCUAGAAGAACUGGAAUUCAAACAGAAUGACAACAUGAAGGAGAUAUGGCGUGGUCAAUAUCCAGGGGUCUAUUUUCCCAAACUAAAAGAUAUUAAAUUCCUCCAAUUUCAAAAUUGCUCAGCUCUUCUUCCUUCUUUUAGUUUCUUCUUCCAGACACUACCCAAUCUUGAGGAGCUGGAUGUGAGUGAAGCUUCCUUUCAUGAAAUUUUCCAAUGUGAGAGACUUCGUCGUGAGGGAAGGCCUACGCCCUCUCGGUUAAGUGAAUUAAAAUUAUCAAAACUUAAUGAGUUAAUGCAUCUUUGGAAGGAAGAAUCUGACCUCAAAUCGAUUUUCUACAACUUGAGAACUCUAGAGGUGCUUGAGUGUAUUAAAUUGGUGAAUUUAGUGCCAUCAGUUGUAUCUUUUGAGAACCUGCAGACUCUAGAAAUAUCAAAAUGUCAUGGACUUGAAAAUUUAGUGAGUUACUCAACUGCUAAAAGCUUGAAACGGCUGGAAACAAUGAGCAUAACAGAUUGUGACUUAGUGGAAGAAAUUGUCAAAUGCAUGGAAGAUAAUGUGAAGGAUGGCAUUGUCUAUGGCCAACUCCAGUCUUUGCAACUUCGCGGUCUUCCCAAACUGUCAAGCUUUUGCACAGGGAAGUGUGACUUGGAGUUCCCAUCUUUGAAAGAAGUAAUUGUGAUAGGAUGUCCACAAAUGAAAUAUUUUUCCUUGGGAAAGACAGUAACAAAGGAAUUACAAAAUGUUCAAUGGAUAGAUGGUGGAGAGAAAGGACACUGGGUAAGCGAUCUUAACAGCACAGUACAAGACUUAUACACUCAAAAGGUUGGAUACUUUGGGUUUGAAAGUUUGAAACUCUUCGAGUUUUCUAAGUUAAUUCAAAUUUGGAAAAGGAAUUCUGAAGAAUUAGCAUUACCUUUCAAAAAGAUUCAAUCUCUAGAAGUUAAUAAUUGUAGCAGCUUGAGCUACCUUCUAACCCCCUCCGUGGUAAUGCGCCUUGAGCAACUCAAGAACUUGAAGGUAAAAGACUGUGCAGCAAUAGGACAAGUGAUCAUGGCUACAAGAGUUGGGGAGGUGGUUGAAUCUGACUCAAUAUUAUUCCCACAACUAAAGUCCAUUUCACUAGAGUUUUGCUCCAAGUUGUCAAGUUUCUAUGUGGGAAGUAAGACCCUCAAGUUUCCAAUGUUGGAGGAAAUUACUGUGAUGGACUGUCUAAAGAUGGUUAGAUUCACUUCUAAAUUUUCAAGUGAGCAAGAGAAAGAGACAACUGAUGGAAGAAGUGAGGAAUUGCUUGUCAAGAAAGAACCUAAUAUCUUCAUUGAGGCCUUUUUCUGUGAUGAGGUCGAGUUUCCCAAUUUGAACCUUUUGAAGCUGUCUUCAAUUAACAUUAGUCAAAUUUGGAACAAGAAUCAUGAAGCAAUCUCAUCUUUCAAAAAGCUUCAACAUCUAGAAAUUUGUAAUUGUAGCAGUUUGAGCUACCUUCUAACCCCUUCCAUGGUAUUGCGCUUUGGGCAACUCAAGAACUUGAAGGUGAAAGACUGUGCAGCAAUAGAACAAGUUAUCAUAGCUACAGGAGUUGGAGAGGUAGUUGAAUCUGACUCAAUAUCAUUCCCACAACUAAAGUCCAUUUCACUGGAGUCUUGCUCCGAGUUGUCAAGUUUCUAUGUGGGAAGUAAGAUCCUCAAGUUUCCAAUGUUGGAGGAAAUUAUUGUAAAGAAAUGUCUACAGAUGGUUAGAUUCACUUCUAAAUUUUCAAGUGAGCAAGAGAAAGAGACAACUGAUGGAAGAAGUGAGGAAAUUCUUGUCAAGAGAGAACCUAAUAUCUUCGUUGAGCCCUUUUUCUGUGAUAAGGUUGAGUUUCCUAAUUUGAAGAUUUUGAAGCUAUCUUCAAUUAACAUUAAUCAAAUCUGGCACAAUCAGAUUUCAGAAAACCAUUCUAUUAAAAAUUUAAAAGAGUUGGUUGUGGAGGGCUGUGGUACUUUGAAAUAUCUAUUGACAUCCUCUAUGGUUGAAAGUUUUCAGCAACUCACAAGGCUCAAGAUUUGUGGUUGUAAGAUAAUGGAAAGGGUAAUAGUCAUUGAACAAUUAGAAGAAGAGAAAAGGAUGAGGCAGAUUUUCUUUCCUAAGCUUGACUCUCUAGUUCUCCAAGAACUUCCAAAUUUCACUAGAUUUUGUUCUGGAAAUUUUUUGGAAUUCCCCUCCCUUACAGAACUUACAAUAAGCAAGUGCUCUAUGUUGAAGACAUUCAUCUCCAGUUUUGCUAUAGGGAACAUGACAAUCAACACUGAAAAUGAAGUGAAUGCUGCACCAUCUCUCUUUUAUGAAAAGGUCAAGUUUCCCAAUUUGAAGCUUUUGAAGCUAUCUUCACUUAACAUUAAUCAAAUUUGGAACAAGAAUCAUAAAGAAAUCUCAUCUUUCAAAAAGCUUCAACAUCUAGAAGUUUGUAAUUGUAGCAGCUUGAGCUACCUUCUAACACCUUCCAUGGCAUUGGGCCUUGUGCAACUCAAGGACUUGACGAUAAAAGAUUGUGCAGCAAUGGAACAAGUGAUCAUGGCUGCAAGAGUUGAGGAGGUAGUUGAAACUGGCUUAAUAUUCCCACAACUGGACUACAUUUUGCUAGCGUCUUGUUCCAAGUUGUCAUGUUUCUAUUUGGGAAGUAACACCCUCAAGUUUCCAAUGUUGGAGAAAAUUAUUGUGAAGAAUUGUCUAAAGUGGGUUAGAUUUACUUCCAAAUUUCUAAGUGACAGAGAGAGAGAGAUAGCUGAUGGAAGAGGUGAGGAAGUGCAUGUCAAGGAAGAACUUGAUAUCUUCAUUGAGACCUUUUUCUGUGAUGAGGUUGAGCUUCCUAUCUUGAAGAAGUUGACUCUGUCCUCAAUCAAUGCAAAGCAAACUUGGAACAGUCAUCUUUCAUCAAUAACUUCAUUUGCUCAAAAUUUAAUAAAGUUGAAGGUGGUCAACUGUUCCAAUUUGAAGUAUCUAUUUACAUUCUCAAUACUUAAAAGUUUUGUGCAACUUAAAAAACUCAGGAUUAGUGGAUGUGAGAUGAUGGAAGUGGUAAUAUUGAUAGAAGGGACAGUGGAAGAAGAAAAGAUUUGCCAGACGGUGUUCCCCAAGCUAGAGAUCUUGACACUUAAUGACCUACCCCAACUUGCAACAUUUUGCUCCAAUUGUGAUUCUCUAGGAAAAAUUUCUGACUCUGGAAGAGUCAAUUUUGAUACUAGAUCACAAAAACUGCUAGUCACGCAAUCGACUUUGGUUGAAACAGAAGCCGCCAAGCUUGUAUUUUCUCAAGUGAAAGUGCUGUCACUUAGACUCUUACCGAAAUUCAAGAGUUUCUUCCCUCAAAUGCACAUCACAGAAUGGCCAUCAUUGAAAAGUUUAGUUGUGAUCGAAUGUCAUGGAGCACAAAUAGUUGCUUCAGAAUUUUCUAGCACUGAGAUGACACAUGGAGACAGCCAACUUGAAAGGGAAUCUCAACAUCUCAUGUUUUGGAUUAGCAAGGCCGCCUUUCCUAGUCUAGAAGUGCUGGUUGUGAAAGGGAAUGACAAUAUAAAGAUACAGUGUGGACAUCAUCCAGAGGGGUAUUUUGGUAAACUAAAGGUUCUGCACCUCCUUGGCUUUCCUAAGCAAUCGGCUUUUCUUCCACCUUUCUUCUUCCACUCUCUGCCCAAUCUCGAAAGCCUUGUAGUGAAGGAUGCUUUCUUCGAUGAAAUAUUCCAAUGUGAAGAAGUUACUGGUGAGGAAAAACCUGUGUGUGGACGCACUCCAUUAAGGAAUUUAAGAUUGUCUAAACUUCAUGGGCUAACACAUCUUUGGAAGGAAGAAUCCCAACUUGAAGUAGACAUUCUCAGAAACCUAGAAAUUCUAAAAGUGCAGGAAUGUAGCAGAUUGAAGAAUUUAGUUCCCUCCACUGUAUAUUUCGACAAUUUGCAGACUCUAGUGGUAUCUGAGUGUCAUGGACUUGUCAAUUUAGUGAGAUACUCAACAGCAAAAAGCUUGGGGCAGCUCAAAAGAAUGAUAGUAGCCAAUUGUGAGAUGAUAAAAGAAAUUGUUGUAUGUUUGGGUGAUGUUGUGAAUGAUGGCAUAGUUUUUCCCAAAUUGAAGUGUUUGCAACUUAAAGGUCUACUAAGACUAGAAAGCUUCUGCUCAGGGGAUUGCGACUUUAAAUUCCCAGCUUUGGAAGAGGUAAUUGUUACAGAGUGUCCAAAUAUGCAGAUUUUCUCUAAGGGAGAACUAAGCACACCAGAGCUGGAUGAAGUGAAAUUGACAGGAGAUAUAGAUGAAGAUAUGGAUGAAGCUAUAGAUGUAGAUGUAGAAAAAUGGAUAGUUGAUCUUUUUCAUAAAGAUGAUGAUGAAGAUGAAGCUGUGGAAGAGGAUGAAGUCGAAGAUGAAAGAAGUUGGGAGGGUAAUCUUAACAGCACUAUACAACAGUUGUUCAAGGAAAAGAGUGCUCGCAAUUGUAAAAACGGCAAUGGAGAAAACAGUGAUCAUGUUGCUAAAGAAAAUGAUGGUACUUAAUGGCUAUGAACAAGAUUGGGAUUUUAGGUUUCAAUGGUGCACUCACAAUAAGCUAGAUUGUUGUGUUACCGAGUUCCCACAUUUGCUUUGGCAUUCAAAAGAAUCUUUCAAUUUUUAAAAUUUGUGUGUGACAUGAUUAUCAAGUAGUUAAUUGUGAAAACACUAGAGACCAUUUCAUUUUAUUUUUCUUGUUGUGCUGGUUUUAUUGUGUGAGAGAGCAAUUGAAUUUGUUGUGUAUCUUUAUUUAAAAAAAGAUGUGAUUUGUUAAUUAAUUAUAUCUGUCCAU